GCAUUAAGAAGACACGACCCGCUGUCCAUCGAGUUUAGUUUCGCGCCAACCAUCGUCUCGUUCGGUUCUACAUUUAUUUCUGUCCGCUCGUUCGACAAUUAAUUGUGGUUGAAAAAAUAAAAAAAAGAAGAGUUGUGCUUUAAGUAGGCAUUGCGACCAACUGUUGAAUCGUUUAACCGCAACUAUUGUGAGGAUAUAGUUUUGUUUUCGCACCCGAAACAGCAAGCAAAAGUCAAGGCAGAAUAAUGGCCGUUAGUCGAUUGUCGAUCGUGAAGUUCCUGGAGUUGGCCCUCACCAUCAGCUGCGUGGGGUUGCACUACAAGAGCAUGGGUGAAACUGACGAACUGACCAAACUGCUCGUCGCCGGAACCUUCGUCGGUUACACCAUCAUCCUGGUUGGUCUGUUUGCCGGCUACAUGCUCGGUGAGUCGGUCAGCAAGAAAAUCGAUCUGUUCUUCUCGCUCCUCGGUUGCGCCAUGUUCAUCGCGUCCGGCGUGCUGAUCCUGCAGGAAUGGGAAAACGGCUUCAAAACCGACCGCCGGCGACUGGCCAUCUCCAAGGGAGCGCUGGCCAUCAUCAACGGGGUGAUGUUCUUUUUCGAUGCCGUCUUUACCUUCAGAGCUUAAAAUGGCCCUAAAUGCAUAAACACUCACAAACGAGCAGAAGCCAAAAAGAGCCGAAAUUUCGACAUUUUCAGUGAAAUAACAAAUUUGAGAUUGGAAUCUCGUCUAACAUUACUGUUUUGAAUUCAAAUUAGUGUUAUUCCUAAGCGUUAAGAUUAAGUUUGUUU